UCUAUUUAAUUAAUUAACAUCUCUUUUCGCAACUCUAUAAAUAGAUUUAUCAGAAAUUAGAAAACACCCCUGCUUUGAUGUUGAUAUACCGGAGCACUUUAAGCAUAAGUGGGGAAAACUGUAUCUUGAGUAUAGGCAUAAUAUGAGUAAUGCCUUAAAUGGUGACCGAUUGAAUUCCAAUGAAGAGGCAAAUGAAGUCAUUAAGAUGUAUAAGCAGAAAUUUGAUGAUGCUAUUAACGUAGAGGAUGGUUCGAAGGGUAUCACUGAUAUUUAUAACGAGGCUUUGGCUGUGUAUCACGUUACUUAUGACUAUGCCAUUUUCAAAAAAGAUGUUGGGAAAUGUGGCUUUGCAUGGAAGGUUGCUGGCUCAGUUCUUGUUAGAUUUUAUGCCGAAAAACAGAAUCAGAAGCCUUUGAUAUGUAGUUCUUCUGCAUUGCGUGAGAUAUUUGGUUCUUGAAAACGCAUCAACUUGGUUCUAUGAUACUGUUUGGUUCUGUUGUUGCUGUGCUUUGUGUGUAUAUUCUCCCUGUUGCCGUUUGGCUUUUGUUGUGAUUUUGUGUUUGUUUUUGUUGCGUUCCGCGUGACUUAGCUGCUAGUGCAGCUUAUGUAUCCUGUUUCUGCUUAGUACUUGUACUUUACAAGGGUU